UCCACUUGCGGAAACCGGCGAACAUCGCUUCAAACAGACGCUGGAUGUGGCGGUCCUAGCACCGGGGACGCAAACUCAUACCAUCGUAUUUGGGACACAGUAGACUUGAACAAUUCAUUCUUGGCAGCAUUCAUGAAAUAGCUUGAAAAACGUACCAGGAGAAAGAAUGAUUUCGCCGUGGGACCGGUGGUACUCGACGAGCUGCUGCCUGUGCUGCCAUGUACGAACGGGCACCAUUAUUCUGGGAAUAUGGUACAUGCUCAUCAAUGCGGUGGUCCUACUCAUCUUGUUGUCAGCUCUCAACGACCCAGUUCAAUACCGCUACCACCUUACCAGCUCUGAGCUGGGAACCGACAUUGAUGUCAUGGACGAUGCAAAUAUCUGCAUAGCCACUGCAAUAUCCCUACUCAUGAUUCUAAUAUGUGGCAUGGCGACAUAUGGUGCUUACAAGCAACAUGCAGCUUGGAUCAUUCCAUUCUUCUGCUACCAAAUCUUUGACUUUGCCCUUAACACACUGGUAGCCAUUAGUGUGGUGGUUUAUCCCAACACGGUGCAGGACUACCUCCAGCAGCUGCCAGGGACAUUCCCUUACAAAGAGGACAUCAUGUCCACCAACAACAUGUGCCUAGUUUUUGCAGUCCUUCUCUUCAUUGGCUGCAUCCUCUCCUUCAAGGCCUACUUGAUUGGCUGUGUGUGGAACUGCUACAGAUAUGUGAGCGGCAGGGGCACCACAGAGGUCCUGGUUUAUGUCACCACCAACGACACCACGUUCAAUGAGUUGAUACCUCUUAAUGUACAAGGUUCUGCUGCCACCGUACGAGGAGGCCAUCGCCAUACCACCGAAGGAGCCCCCUCCCCAGUAUAUGGAGGCAUGAGAGACACCCUCGCUGCUGGAUCCUAUACCCAAACAACCCCCAACACCUACCACAUCUCCCUCUAACAGUAGGACCCUGACGCUGGCUGGAACAUGUUGAAAAACAAGACCAAACAGUGUCUUAGAGGCUGGUUUCAGCUUGGAUUCCUGCCAACCUUAGAUUAGAUUAGGCUGACCCUGAGCCAGUAUUGCCAUCAACCCCCCCCCCCCCCCCCCAAACACCACCCCUGGUUGUUGUGAUGUAUUUUCCUCUCCUCUCGUCUCCUUUGUCCUCCUCCAAGGACAGUAUCGCAGCAACUUCAUCCGCUCCCAACCUCCACCCCCAACCCUCCCCUUUGGCAGCUGCUGUCCCCUGGCAGCAUCUAAACUCUUGCACGCCCUGAACACUCUGUCCCAACUUAAUUUGCACUUUUCUUUGAGUGAAACGUGCACCGGUCUGGCCACCAACUGUUAACCCCCAAUACUGUGAAUCUCCCUCGUGGUCUUUGUCUAGAAACAAACUACCUGAAGAGAGAUAGCGACAGAGAGAGUGAGAAGGAAAGCGACAUACAGGAUCAGUUAUGCAAGAGCACUUUUUUUUUUUUCAGAAAAUUGACAAAUUCCUUCAUUGAAUGUAAUGUUGAGGUAUUUUUGUAUGACUUUUUUGUAUAACAGUGAAAACUGAGAGAAAAUGAAGUGAGUAGUGAAAGGCUGGCCUGUUGUGAUAAAAUCAUCUGUGGACUGAUGUAGCUUGUCCUGCAGGAGAGCGUAUUGAAAAAGGUUCCUUGACCAAUAUUAACUACAUCUUCCUUUUGUAUCCAUGUAACACGUUUGUAAACCUAUAAUCCACUGACUGCCGGUGAAGACCUUGUUCACCCAUUGAUUUCUGUCACAAUAUUCCAAUUUGCCUUCCUGUCUGUUUCCUGUCUGUUCCGAGAACUCAAACGUUAAGAACGACUGGCAUUGAUAUAAUCAUCCAGUGAAGAAGCACUUAUCACAAACACACAUGUUUUACACAUUCUCACACUGCAUUUUCACAUCCAGAGAGGCAAUACACAUAGUGUAAAAUCUAAAAUGUGUAGACAUUAGUGCGUGAAGAUGUUUCAGUGAAGACGUCUGUUUUGUUUCCCCGUCAAGUUGCAGCUGCAACAGCAUCGUCUGUGUUUUAUGUUUGUUUUUCUUUCUUACAUGGAUCAUGGUGUAUAAUCUGAUCUUUUUAGUUGAGCUAACUUAGCUGGACUGAGGGCAUUUUCCUAUAAAGACGGCAUGACAUGCUGCUGUACAUGCAGAGACUAUGUCUGUGUGUGUGUGUGUGAGAGAGCGAGAGAGUGUGUGUGUCUGAGCGCUAUGAUGUAACUCCUAGGUCCUUUAUAUGUAGUAACAUUUCUUUUGCACAUGCAGUGACAACAAGAUGAGAUAUUUCCUGUGCUGGUGACCUUUUUGAAAUUAAUGAUGGAUGGGAAUCUAACGCAUUGAUUUAGCUUAGCAUAGUAGCACAAAAUCAAUAUUCCGAGUAUGAAGCUAGGGAAGCUAGAGGCUUGUCUUUUGCCUGGAACUGUUUAGGCAAUAAGUUGAGACAUAAUAAUGGAGCAAAUGAUGUUAGAUAUACCUAAUCCAAUUUUUUCCAAUAAUCCCUAAAUAGUAUUUGCUGUCAACAGAAAAACCUUAAAUCAGUUACAUGUUUGUCAUUCAGACUAUGCAACAGUGCAUUCAACAACUCGGUAGACCUGGAAAUACGCGUCCCAUGUAGUAUUCCAUUUGAUACUAAUACUGUACUGUACUGUUGAUUAUGUAGCCAUUUGUUGGCCCCUUCAUCAUUGUCCCUCUGUGAAUUAUGAACACUGCUUUUGCAAAUCCAACAAAGCUGAAAAUGAAAUUGCACUUUAUAGUCAGCGUGAGCUCACUGAGACCUGAUGUGUUCGUGUUUUGCUCAUCAUCACCACGUUAUGCUGGAGCUGAGUGGUUCUAAUGUGAGCAGCCACACUCUUCUGGAUGACGCAAGCUUCUGAAACAUGACAUAAACAAUUCAAUAUUUGCAUUGUGUGAUGUGACUGAAAGGCAGACAGAUUGUGAUGUGUUUGAAGGGGAAUUUGAGCAGCUUUGCAGGGUGUAGAGGAAGGAAGGCUUGCACAGUAUCUGGACCAGUGAAUGGCUGAUUGUUGCUCAUUUUAUUAGAAUCACUUGAAGACUGUUCUCCAUCUCUUUCCAUUCACACACGUCCUCUUGUUGGAUCUGCAUGAGCUCAUGUCUUUGAUUCUGAAUAAUAAAAAGCAA